AUGAUGGAGGGCCAGCGCAGGCUGGAGGAGGUGGGAGCUCAAGAGCAGAGGGCUGCCAGGCUGGAGCAGGACCUGCAGGCCGCCCACACCCAGUGUGCCAAGAGACAGCAGGCGGUGCAGAAGCGGGAUAACCUCCUGAGGCGUUCGGAGGCUGACCUGCUGGAGGCCCGGGAGACUCUGAGGAGUCGGGCUGUGGAAGUGGAGCGGCAGGCAGCUGCAGUCAGGGGCCUGGAGGCUGACGUCCAGAGGGCCAGGAGGGAAGGACAGCAGAGAGAGGCAGAGUGUGGCUCUCUUAGGACCCAGCUGAUGACCCUCAGGGAUGAACUAAAGGAGGCCCAGGGACGCUGCAGGGACACGGCCCAGGAGCUGGCUCGUCAGGAGGAGAAGGUGUUGCUGGUGGAGGGGGGGCAGCAUCGGGCACAGGAACACCUGGCAGAGCGGGUGGCAGAGGUGGUGAGGGCAGAGCAGGCCCAGAGGAAGCUACAGGCAGAGCUACGCACCUUAAAGGAGAGACUGCACACCACAGAACAUGAGCUGCAGGGCUACAGGACCCAGGUGGAGAGUCUGAAGAAGGAGGCAGGGGAGAGCAGGCAGGCCCAGCUCAGUGCUCAGCAGGAGGCCAACACACACCAGCAGGGGACUCAGCAGCUGGAGGCAGAGCUGACCACCACCAAGGACACACUCAGGACUCUACAGCAGCAGCUGCAGGAGCAGGCUGAUGCCAGCCGGGCACUGCGGGCAGAGCUGUCCCAGGAGCAGGACAGGCAGCAGGAGCUGCAGGAGAGGAACCAGGGGGCCAGGGAGAGAGAAGCCCAGCUGGAGUCAGAGAGAAACCAGCUCAGAACCAGCAUGGAAGCAGCUCACAGCCAGCUGAGGGAGCGGGAGAGGACUGUGGGGUGCCUGCAGGAGCGCGUGAUAGAGCUGCAGAGCACCACCCAGAGGCUGCAGGAGGAACAGACAGCCUGCCAGGCUCAGCUACAGCAGUGCAGGAGGGAGCUGGAGAGCAGGGAGGGCCACAGCCACGAGAUGAGUGUCCUUCAGGAGACAGUGUCCAGGCUGAGGGAGUGUGUAGAGGAGGCCCAGGCCAGCAGCAGGCAGGGGACCAGGGACACUGCAGCAGCACAACACAGCCUCAGAGAGCUGAGACUGGAGCUGGCCUCCACCCAGGCAUCCCAUAGAGAGAGCAUGGAGCUGCUGGCUGAGCAGAGUGGUGAGGCUGCAGGUCUACGUAGUGAGCUGUCCCGCCUGCAGCAGAGGAGCUCCCAGCUGUCAGAGGAGAGAGGGGGCCAGGAAGAGAGAACCAGGCAGCUGGCUGCAGAGCUCCACAGACUACGCACUGCCAGCAGACAGUCACUGGAUGAGACUCGGUCCUGUGAGGACAGGCUGGCAGAGCUGAGUGCCCAGCUGGGGAGGUCUCAGCGCUGGGGCCAGGAGCAGCUGGUAGCCCUGGAGAUCCGGGAGGAGGAGGUGGUGCUGAUGAAAGUGGAGAUGGCUUCUCUCAAAGAGAACUACCAUGCCAAGGUGGCCCAGGUGGAUGCCUUACACUCACAGCUCCAUUCCAUGGAGCACAAGUACAGCACAGCAGCUAAUGAGGUGGAGGUGUUGCGCCAGUCUCUGGGUAAUGCUCGUUCAGACAGUUCUCUUCUACACAGGGAGAGUGAGCUGGUGGUAACCAACGUCAACCAGUGGGUGAAGGAGCAGAAGCAAGGCAAUGAAAAACUGAACUUUAAGAUCAAAGACCAGAGCAAAAAGAUCAUCCAUCUCACUGCAGAGAAGGAUCACCUGCAGGAGAGUGUGGAGGGUCUGCAGGAGGAGAUGAAGAGGCUGAAGGCUGAGCUGGAUGAGAGCAGGAUUGAAGCCGAGAGGUUCAGGGCCUCUCAAGCCAGUAUGAGUGACCAGCACCAGCGCAGUGCCCUGGCCAGAAUUCCUGUCCAGCUGCUCCACACAGAAUCUGCUCUGACUGCGAGAGGAACCUUGAGAGGUCAGGGAGACAACCUGUGGAGGAGGAAGGCUCUAACUGCCAAUCUGCAUCUGCGCUAGCCCCAGACGCAGCCUGUGUCUGCCUGGCAGGGAGGGGGGCCACGUUUGCUGCGGAGGUGGCCAGAAGAGUGGCCCUUAGGGCCCUGGAGCGCAGACCCCUGCCAUGUGGCCACCACCACUGGAGCAGACCCCGCUCUCUCAGCUGGGACGGUCCACACCCUACACAUCUCAGGGAGGGACACUGAUGGGUGCUAGUAUGAACCAGUGAGAAGGGAAGUACAAGUAGUUAUUAUGACUCAAGAGAAUACAGCACAAAAAUAUAUAUUUUUGAUUUGUAGUUUGAUAGAUAUGAAUACAUGAUUGUAUUAUAUUUAAGAUUAUUUAAUGAGAAUACUAAACUUGAAUACUUUAAUUUCUUUGUUAUUUUCAGUAUAUCCUUUUUUUCCUAAAUGUUAUCUUUGUGGCACAAUAUGUUCUCUUUCCUGUGUUCUCGAUGACUUAAUGUGAUUUUGUGGCACUACUACCUUUGCCUUACAAUUUAUUGAGAAAUCAGCUCAGUACUUAGAUUGUAAUUUACAACUUUAUGUAUGAAUGUACAGAAAUUCUGUUGUGAAUAAGUAGAUUAUCAUAAUGUAGAAUUGGGCUGAAGAAGUAAUGGUAAGAGAUUACAAUCUUACCUGUACAGUAUCUGGGUCCUUCCACCAAUUCGAUGCCUUUUUAGAAGUGUAAACUUGUGAUUUCACAAAAUGUUGACAUUCUGUCCUAAAGAGCACAUGUUCAACACUUUGCCAUCUCAAGAGGUUAAAUAAAAAAAUUACUAUAGUUAGUGCCUAUUAAGAACCGAAUAAAUUCUCAGGGUUAAUCGUAUCAGGGUUGACUGUAACAGGGUUGAUUGUAUCAGGGUUGAUGAUCUCAUCUUCAAUCAGCCAUAAAUCCCCUCGUGACAGUGUGAAUGGAAGCUUGUUGUGUGCAACAGGGAGUGGCAAUUGAAUGCAAGCUUCACACAAAAAAAAAUCUAGUUGCUAAAACAUUUCUAGCCUGUCUAUCUAUGGGUAACAGGGUUAUUUGUGUUAUGCUCGACCCAUUAGUUUUCUACAACAAAACAGAAAAUGGCCAAACAAGUAGAACCAGCUCACCUGCUUUUACACUAUGAUUUAACUAUUAGAUUUUCAAGGUUUAUUUUGUAACGGAAUAGUUAACAUAUUCAAACGAGACAGUUGACCUUAAAAUGAGGGACAGAUGUAAAUUAAUCACUAAUCAAAUGAAAUAAAUAUCUUCAGAAAUGACUUAAAAUAGCUAGAGAUUUACAAUGAUGGAGAAAUGUUUGGAUUAAAUGGGUUGAAAUCUUCCUAGAAGUGACACAGGGUUGGCACUUUAGCAAGCCUUUAUUCAUAUUCAAAAAUCUUUUUUAUUGAAUUCUCCAUGCGGUCUAUAUUAAAGGGCACUUCAUUGAAUAUAACAGGCUUUUAAAAUCAAUAUUGGUGGACAAUUUCUACUUAAAAUAUCAAAAGGCACUCUUCGUGGAACUACCCAUCUGACAAAUACUUGUAUCUAUCCAUUCAGGUUUUUGAGUUUAAUUUACAUUUUUAUAUAAACCUAGAAAGAAAGAAUCAGAAAAAAAGUGUCCAGCCUUUUAUUGUGGUAUGAGAAAGUGUCCUGCUUAUUUCUGUGGUUGUCAAAUGAUGACUUGAUGUCUAGAUAAAAGUCCUAUAAAUGUAUUGGGGGAUUUCAUGUUUUUAGUCACCUAGAGCAAUACAUCCUUGAGUUCAUUCAUGUAAAUCCUAAUGAAUUGUGUAGGCAGAGAAGUCUUUGUGGCCAAAUACAAGUCUGGUAAAGGCAUCUA